GGGAAAACAGUUAUUCAAGGUUCAGCUGAGUUCGUUGUUGUCGUAUAGGCUUACAAAAGGUAUAACUAUGACGGAAAAUCUUGAAUUUAUGCUUUUCUUUUUUUCUUUUUUGUAGUUGGUAUUUCACAUUAUGGCUUUAAUUGAUCUUAUUCUUCAAGCCAAAGAAUGGUUUGGUUCGCUUAGUUCAGGGUAUCAGAUAUCUUUGGUCUUGAUAUUUCCAUUUUUCUACAACUUGGUAUGGCAGUUUUUGUAUAGUUUGCGUCGUGAUAGGGCUCCCUUGGUUUUCCACUGGAUUCCCUGGAUCGGAAGUGCCGUCGUAUACGGAAUGCAACCAUAUAAGUUUUUUGAAGAUUGUCGUUUGAAAUAUGGUGAUGUUUUUUCAUUUAUGUUGUUGGGAAAAGUCAUGACUGUUUACUUGGGACCAAAGGGCCAUGAGUUUGUAUUGAAUGCCAAAUUGGCGGAUGUCAAUGCUGAAGAAGCUUAUAAGCACUUGACCACUCCUGCUUUUGGUAAAGGUGUUUUAUACGACUGUCCUAAUUCAAGAUUGAUGGAACAGAAGAAAUUCUGUAAAGCAGUCUUGACCACUGAUAGUUUCCGUAGGUAUGUUCCAUUGAUAAGAAAAGAGAUUUUGGAUUAUUUCACCAAAUCUUCUACUUUUGAUAUGAAGAAGAAAACUUGUGGGGUUGCUAAUGUGAUGGUUACUCAACCUGAGUUAACUAUUUUCACUGCAUCAAGAUCUUUAUUGGGAGAUGAAAUCAGGGCUAAGUUCGACGGCUCUUUCGCUAAGCUUUACGUUGAUUUAGAUAAAGCAUUUACUCCAAUUAAUUUUGUUUUCCCCAAUUUACCACUCCCCCAUUAUUGGAGAAGAGACAAUGCCCAACGUAAAAUAUCGGCUACUUACAUGGAAUUAAUCAACAAAAGAAGAGAAACUGGCGACAUAGAUCCUUCUAGGGACUUGAUUGACUCGUUAAUGGUUAACUCUACUUAUAAGGAUGGUACUAAGAUGACCGAUCAAGAAAUUGCCAAUUUGUUAAUUGGGGUAUUAAUGGGUGGUCAGCAUACUUCUGCUGCUACUUCUGCCUGGUUCUUAUUGCACUUGGCUGAAAAGCCUAAGUUGCAAGACGAGCUUUUCAAUGAGAUCACUAAAACAAUGGAGUCCAAAAAUAUCAGUUCAAUCAAUGAAUUAACCUAUGAUGAUAUUCACAACAUGCCUUUGGUCAAUAACGUCAUUAAAGAAACCUUGAGAAUGCACAUGCCUUUGCAUUCGGUUUUCCGGAAAGUAACCAACAACAUCUUAGUACCAAAUACCACCUACAUGGUUCCAAGGGGUCAUUAUGUUCUCAUCUCCCCCGGUUACGCCAUGACAAGUGAUAGAUGGUUCCCCAACCCCGACUACUACGAUCCUCACAGAUGGGAUGAAAAAACCCAUUUAGAUAUGUUGAUGGAGACCGGCGAAACCGUCGACUAUGGGUUUGGUGCUAUUUCAAAAGGGGUCAGCUCCCCUUACUUACCCUUUGGUGCUGGUAGACAUCGUUGUAUCGGUGAACACUUUGCCUACUGUCAAUUGGGAACCAUCUUGACCACCUACGUCUACAACAUCAAAUGGAAACUCAGACCUUUGGGCAAAGUCCCUGACGUCGACUACACCUCCAUGGUCACCUUACCCCAAGUGCCUGCCGAAAUCCUCUGGGAAAAGAGAGACACUUGUAUGGUUUAAAUAACUUAUUUAUAUAUUUAUAGCAUUAAUGUAAAUUUUUUGCAAUCAUUUUUUUUGAUUAUGUUAACAUCGUG